AUGCCGACCCAGAAGGUCAAGAUCAUCAAGCCCCGGAGCACUCGCUCGCUUUCGCAUCUACGCCAGCAGGUGCUGAGGACUCAGCGCGACAUCAUCGAAUCGGACCCGGAGCUGGAGGUGAUCCCGGAGUACGUGGAGGAAGCGGGGUCAGAGAUCGAGAUGAACUGGGAUCAGACUCCCGACCCCUGGGUCGACACCGAGCUGCAGCGCAUCAACUUCGAGGAGGAGGCCAUGGCGGUGGUCGAGAACCCGGCCGUUCGCACGUGGCGCAGGUGGUCCAUCAAGAUGGCGCUGUUCCUCAGGGUCUGCGCGAUCUCGCGCCAGUCGGCGAUCAUGGCCCUGCGCGUGACUCUGAUGGGCAAGGUAGAGGAUGAGCAGUCGAGCUGUUCCCACCCGUUGGCCACAAGGUGGAGCGGCGGGAACCAGCACGGGCACUACUCGAAAUGCAAGAUGCGCGACAAGCGACUGGCGUCCGUGAGAAAGACAAAGGAGAACAUCGAGGAGGCGCGCCUGAAGAUGAAGCGCGAGAAGAAGCUCAAGAAGGAGGAGCCCUGUGGUGUUGCGAGGGGGGGGCGGAGUCCAGUGACGAUCGGCUCCGACGGUUUUGCAUUUCGAUUGCCAGAGUGGAUGGGGCCAUUCCCCUCAGAGUAG